CCACAAACCACUCCUGGCCCCCAGGAGCCAGCCUCUUGCUCCCAUCUGUGAAGGCCAGCCGAAUGCUUCAGACCCAAAGGGGCUAUUUGGUUGGUCAGUUAGUCAGUGAGCGUUUCCUACUCCUCGACGCGGAUUUCUGCUAACAACCCCAGUCCAGCGAGUGCAGCUAGAGCUGGGGGUGGCACCAGGGGUGGACCGCUGCCCUCCCAGACUUGCCCUCCUCGUCCUCCUCCAAGCGGCAUUAGGACCCUGCAGGGCGCAGGUGAGAGUAACAGCUGGUAAAGCUGCCCCAGGCACUUAGGAUCCCCGCUGGGAAAGGUGAGUCAGUCCAGUGGGCGCAGGGCUCCUAGAAUCAGGAUCGGCAGCUCCAGUUGCAGUCGCCCCACCCCCCAUGUCACCCGGAGAAAAACUGGACCCGCUUCCUGACACCUUCAUUCUGCAGCCACCAGUCUUCCACCCGGUGGUUCCUUAUGUCACGACAAUUUUUGGUGGCCUGCGUGCAGGCAAAAUGGUCAUGCUACAGGGAGUGGUCCCUCUAGAGGCACGCAGGUUCCAGGUAGACUUCCAGUGUGGCUGCAGCCUGCAUCCCCGGCCAGAUAUCGCCAUCCACUUCAACCCUCGCUUCUACACCACCAAGCCCCAUGUCAUCUGCAACACCCUGCACAAUGGGGUCUGGCAAGCUGAGGCCCGGUGGCCCCACCUGGCCCUGCAGAGAGGAGCCAGCUUCCUCAUCCUGUUUCUCUUUGGGAAUGAGGAAAUGAAGGUGAGCGUCAAUGGACAACACUUUCUCCAGUACCGCUACCGGCUCCCACUGUCUCGUGUGGACACCCUGGGCAUAUUUGGUGACAUCUUGGUGAAGGCUGUUGGGUUCCUGAACAUCAACCCAUUUUCAGAGGGCAGCAGCGAGUAUCCAGUUGGAUACCCUUUCCUGCUGAAGAGCCCCAGACUGGAGAUGCCCUGCUUACGGCCCCUUCCCCGGGGUCUCUGGCCCGGACAGGUCAUCGUGCUGCGGGGGCUGGUCUUGCCAGAACCCAAGGAUUUCACGCUGAGCCUGCUGGACGAGGCUGCGCACAUUCCGGUGACACUCAGGGCUUCCUUCACAGACAGAACUCUGGCCUGGGUCUCGCCCUGGGGACGGAAGAAGCUGAUCUUGGCCCCCUUCCUCUUCUACCCUCAGCGAUUCUUCGAGGUGCUGCUCCUGUGCCAGGAGGGUGGGCUGAAGCUGGCACUCAAUGGGCAGGGCCUGGGGGCCACCAGCCUGGGCCAGCAGGUCCUGGAGCGGCUGCGGGAGCUCCGGGUCAGUGGCAGUGUCCAGCUCUACUGUAUCCACUACUGAGGAGUGAGCCAGAGGAGAGAGUGUCCAGCCCACACCUCGGGCUCCACAGUCUGGCCCCACUCACCUGCCUUCAUCAAAGUGUCCACUUGUCACCACUAUGUUGGGCCUGGCUCACUUCUAGGGCCAGGGUGCUGAGUCUGCAGGGUCAUCAGGCACCCCAAAAUAGAGGGAGGGCACACGGUGUGAAGGUUCCUCCAGCUGCACAGCCCCGUCCCACCCUCGCCCCCCGCCCCCUCCACACACACACCAGGAGCCUGGGACUGGGCUCCACCUUCCUUCAGGGCCCACACAAGGCGGCAGGUCUUGUAGCCUAAGAAGGGCCCUCAAAAUUCAGGACCUUGAAGAAUUUAGACAUUUAUUUCAUUCUCAUCUAACAAUUUUAGAGAAAAUGGUCCUGGUCAGGGGAGCAGCCCUGCACCUGUGGGCCUUCAGGGUCGCCUUUGUCAUCAUCCCACCACCCCCAAGACAGCGUCAUCUGCUUCCCAUCACUUCCCACACGUUUCAUUCUUCUAAG